AUGGACAUUGAAGCAUACUUUGAAAGAAUUGGUUAUCAGAACUCCAGGAACAAACUGGACUUGCAAACAUUAACUGAAAUCCUUCAGCACCAGAUACGAGCUGUUCCCUUUGAGAACUUGAACAUCCAUUGCGGGGAACCCAUGGAGCUGAGUUUAGAGGCCGUCUUCGAUCAUGUCGUGAGGAGGAAGCGGGGUGGCUGGUGUCUCCAGUUGAACAAUCUUUUCUACUGGGCUCUGACCACGAUAGGAUUUGAGGCCAUAAUGUUGGGAGGACAAAUUUAUAACUUCCCAGCCUGCAGAUAUAGCAAAACCAUGAUUCAUCCCCUGCUUAUGGUAACCCUUAGUGGAAAAAAGUAUAUUGUGGAUGCUGCAUUCCCAUUUUCUUACCAACCAUGGGAGCCUCUGGAAUUAAUUUCUGGGAAGGAUCAGCCUCAGGUGCCUGCCAUUUUUCACUUGACAGAAGAGAAUGGAACUUGGUACCUGGACCAAACUAUAAGACAACAGUAUGUUCCGAAUCAAGAAUUCAUUGAUUCUAACAUUCUUGCGAAGAAUAACCACCGAAAAUUAUUCUCUUUUACUCUUGAACCUCGAACGAUUGACGAUUUCAAGUCCAUGAGUGAACGUGCCCAAGCAUCUCCAACUUCUGUAAUGGUCAAUACAUCACUUUGUUCCCUGCAGACCCAAGAAGGGGUUCAUGGCUUACUGGGCACCACUCUUGUCUACAAAAAGUUUAAUUAUAAGGACAAUGUUGAUCUGGUAGAGUUUAAGACUCUGAAGGAAGAAGAAAUAGAAGAAGUACUAAAGCAUAUAUUUGGUAUCAAUUUGGAGACAAAGCUUGUGCCCAAACAUGGUGAUCCUUUUUUUACUAUUUAG